AUGGGCCAUUCUUUGUACCACGUUGGUGAGCCAUUAGUUCAAAUAGCCAUUUUAUUCAUUCCAUGUGAAAGCCCAUUGGCUUGUGCCAUUACAUUAUCCCAUCACGCCAAAUUGUAUUCUUCUUUUCUUUUGGUUACAGAACAUGAGCUGAGUUGUGCUUUUGAAUUAAAAGGAUGGUUAAAUGUCAUGUGUAAUCACCAAGUUAUUUUAUUGCAAUCAAUUGAAUCCCUUAAGUUAGUUUUACCUAUCGAAUUCGGUGCGGCACAACCUGAGUUGGAGGACUUUGACUUCAACACAUUUUUGGCUGGAGUUGCUGCUCUACAACUCAACCAAGUUCAGCUGCAGGCGGGACAAGUCGCUAUGCAGGAUCAAUAUGCAGUGUUGGGUCAGAUUGUUCAGCAGCAGCAACCACAGGCUGGUGGUGCAGCAGUUGGUGGUGUCGGAACCACUGACAGAGAUUUGGUUUUGGCUUACAUGAGGCUGAAGCCAACUGAGUUUGACGGUUCUGGAGAAGCGCUGGAUUUUCUCGAGGAGGUUGAGCAGAAUGCUCGGCGACUUCAGGCUACUGAGCGUCAGACCGUCGUUCUAGUCGAGAUAUCCAUGAAGGGUUCAGCUGGUGACUGGUUUCGUGGCUAUGUUCAUGCUGACAUGGCUACCAUCUCUUGGGCUCAGUUUGUGGCGAGAUUCAGAGCUUUCUUCUUGCCGUUUUCAGUGACAGAGGGUCACAGAGACAGGUUGCUCUCACUUACUAGGGAUGAUAGGUCAGUAUCCGAGUAUACGACAGAGUUUGUGAGGUUGGGUCGGUUCGCGCCGGACUUGCAGACAGAUCAGGAAAGGGUGAACAACAGAUACGUAAAAGGCUUAGGGCGCGAUUUUGUGAGUUUGCUGACCGAGACACGCAGAGAUUUUACAGACGUAGUAGACAGUGCUCGGCGUAUGGAGAGCUCGUUACUGCAGUUUGGGGAUAUUUCUGGUCCUUCUCAGACCAAGAAGUCUUCUGGCCCUGGACAGCAGAGUGGUGGUGGUAGCUACCAAUCGGCACCUUCUCAGUACAAGAACAAGAAGAGGGGUGUCAAGAAGAGUUAUCAGCCGUACACCUACAGUUCAGGCAACAGCGGUAGCAGCCGCAGUUUUGGGCGCGGUAACAGCGGAGGUGCUAGUUUUCCUUUCUGCCAGAACUGCAGACGUCGACAUCCAGGCGAGUGUCGUUUAGCACCAGGGGGUUGUUUUACUUGUGGCCAGCCGGGUCACUUCGCAAGAGAGUGUCAGGCAUCUGGGCAGCAGAUGUCUGCAGCUAGCGUUGCUCAGCCAUCCUAUCAGAGUCAGAGACCAGCGUUCUCUACACCAGCAGGGUUUUCUCAACCUGCUGCUUCUUUUGGUGGCCAGCGGGGCCGAGGUUCUGGAGGGCGUGGUUUUGGAGGCCGUGGCAACGGCGGUAGAGGUUCUAGCAGCUAUGGUACCGGGCAGAGCUCUCAGCAGCAGAGUCAGGGUCAGGCCAGAGUUUUUGCCUUGACUCCUCAGGAUGCUCAUGCAUCUAACGCAGUGGUGCAAGACCCGUCGACUGUUCGUACUUCAGAGGCGAACCAGAGUUAGAUUGCUUGUCAGGAUCACGUGGAUUUAGCAAGCAGUGAGUUUAUAUCUCUAUUUACCUCUUUAUUAAGCAAAUGUAUUAUUUUGUAUAUAUAUAUAUAUGUAUAAGCAGCUUUUGAACUGUUUUCGGCAUUGUGGAUUUGAUUUGGAACGUGCUACUCGAUGGGCAUCAUCGGGACUGCGUGCGCACCGGUAAAGAUUAUGGUAUUGAGGUAGGUUUGAGAUACGUCUCACCUUAGUGAGGGCACCGGUGGAAGAUACGUCUCCUGGGCUCACUAUUUAUUAAGUGAUAGUCGGGGAUCGGUUAUUGAGAUACGUCUCACCGACACGACAAUGGAUUUAGAAUUAUGGUUUAGGGUUUCAUUGAUAAUCCAUAAUGAAAAUGUUUUAUUAAACGUUUUAAAGGUUUUUAACUUAAUAAAUGUAAAUGGUUAUAUAAACUCUACUCAGUAAAUCUGACCCCGUUGUUUUCCAAAAUUUUCCAGGUUUAUGAUUUGAGCAUUGGUCGAUCUCCGUUUCUUCAUUCUCGGAGGUUCCUUAUUUUAUUUUUCAGAAUAAAAGAGUCGAACUGUUUUAAACUCUUAGACCGCAGUAGUAGUAUUAGAUUAUUUAUGAUUAGUCUUUUAUUAUAUUUUAGA